CUGCAAUCGACAUCGACAAGUCAGCUGAGAGGCUGUAAACCUGUAAGCUUUGCUGUAACUAUCGCAUCCAACCGUUCCUGUAGUUCUACGUCCCGAUGUCUGCAAUGUUUUUGCAAGUGUACUCUUCAUGCUUUUAAAAGAAUGACAGCACUGUGUAUAUAGCGCAGUUACCGUCUUCUGCACAGGCAUAGUCGUAGCAGGCACUGCAUUCAGCAGCGCUGCUCUACUGAGUCACGAUGGAGUCGUGCUUGGCUGUUGAGCGUGAAGUUGACAAAGUUCUUAGUAAAUUUGGCACUCUAAGUGAACACACGAAAGCCACGCUGAGUGAGUUGAUAGCUUACGUGCAAGAAAUGUACCGAGAGCUUGGCGAAGUACCUGCAGACGCUGACGUGACGACUUCGCAUGGCAUAGCCCUCACACAAUGCGCUCAAAAAAUCAAAGACUUAAGCAGUUCACUGGCGACAGAGCACCGAGAUCUGCACGGAACGGUGUCCAAAGUUGGCAAAGCUAUAGACAAGAACUUCGUGCCUGACUUCUGGGCCACAAGCAGCGAGGAGGUGUUUGAUGGAAGUGACAAGAAGACGGCGCUCAACCAGGUGAUCGCGGAGCACCUGCUGCGCCAGGGCAUGCUGGACAUCGCCGAAGAGCUGUCGCGCGAGGCGCGUCUUGAGUCUGCCCAGAAGGAGCCAUUUGCGGAGCUCAACAACGUGCUAGACGCGCUGAAGCGGCGUGACCUGGGCCCCGCGCUGGCUUGGGUGGCACAGCACGAACUCCAGGGCACAGCUCUGCACUUCCAGCUGCACCGGCUUCACCUGGUGGGGCUGCUGCAGCGCGGAGCGGCGGCCGAGGCGAUCGCGUACGCCCGCGCCCACCUCGCGCCGUUGGCACGGCAGCACGAGCGCGAUUUGCAAGUUCUGAUGGGUAGCUUGGCUUUUCUGCGGGUGCCCGGCGGCCUGGCGCGAUCGCCGUACGCCUUUUUGCUUGAGCCGGCGUUGUGGAGCGAUACAUGCGAGGCGUUCACGCGCGACGCCUGCGCGCUUCUUGGCCUGUCGGUGCGCAGCCCAUUGGCCGUUUGUGUCGAGGCGGGCAGCUUGGCCCUGCCCGCACUGCUCAACAUCAAGCAGGUCAUGAUGCAGCGCCAGGUGGCCGGCGUCUGGAGCACGCGCGACGAACUCCCGAUCGAGAUCCGGCUGGGUUGUCAGUUCCACUCAGUGUUCGCCUGCCCCAUACUGCGCCAACAGAGCAGUGACGCCAACCCGCCCAUGAGGCUUGUCUGUGGGCACGUUAUCUCGCGCGACGCCCUCCACAAGCUGGCCAGUGGCAGCAAGCUCAAGUGUCCCUACUGCCCUGUGGAACAGAACCCUACUGAUGCUCGGCUUAUCCACUUCUGAGCCUAUCUGUGUAAAAUAAACUGUAUCAAAUCUA